AUGUUCCAUCCCAAUGUUUACAACGACGGCUCGAUUUGUUUGGACAUCUUGCAAAAUCGUUGGUCUCCAACCUAUGAUGUUGCGGCCAUUUUAACAUCGAUUCAAUCCCUUCUCGACGAGCCGAACCCGAACUCACCAGCGAACUCCCUUGCCGCUCAACUCUACCAAGAGAGUCGACGAGAGUACGAGAAACGAGUUCAGCAAAUUGUUGAACAGUCUUGGUUGAAUUUUGGUGAAAACGAGGGUGAAGCAGAACAAAAGGAAGGCGAAAACACUGCCAUUGAGACGCCUACAGAAGGUGGUGAAGGUCCAAGCGAACCUCGAGAUCACGAUGCCCCAUCUGGAAGCGGCUCCGUU